AUGAGUGUCUCGAAUACAUCCGAAGUGCCCACCCUGUCGGGUCGCAAUAUCGAUCUGGACAUGAUCAAACGCCAGUCGUAUGCCAAGUACCGACGCACCAAGAUCUUUUGCACCAUUGGACCAGCGUGUUGGGAAGUGCCGCAGUUGGAAUCCAUGAUUGAUGCGGGUAUGGAUAUCGCUCGAUUCAACUUUUCUCAUGGAGAUCACAAAGGACACUUUGGCGUGCUGGAGCGGGUUCGACAUGCGGCCGAACUCAAGGAACGGAAUAUUGCCAUUCUACUGGACACGAAGGGCCCCGAGAUUCGCUCUGGUUUCUUUGCCAACGACGCCAAGAAGAUUGAUCUGGUCAAAGGCGAGACCAUUGUUCUUACGUCGGAUUACUCCUUCAAGGGAGACAAGACCAAACUCGGAUGUUCCUAUGACAAACUCGCCGAGUCGGUCACGGUCGGACAGUCCAUUUUGGUGGCCGAUGGCAGUCUCGUUCUUACCGUCCAAUCCAUUGACACGGCCGCCAAAGAAGUCGCCUGUCGCAUUGAAAACAAUGCGUCUAUUGGAGAACGCAAAAACAUGAAUUUGCCCGGUGUCGUCGUCGAUUUGCCCACAUUUACCGAAAAGGAUGUCGAUGAUAUUGUCAAUUUUGGUAUCAAACACAAUGUCGAUUACAUUGCCGCCAGUUUUGUUCGCAAGGGAAGUGAUGUCCUGAAUUUGAGAAAACUACUCAAGGACAAUGGUGGCGAGCACAUUCAAAUCAUUUGCAAAAUUGAAAAUCAAGAAGGAUUGCAGAAUUACGAUGAUAUUCUCGAGCAUACCGAUGGAAUCAUGGUGGCCCGUGGUGAUUUGGGAAUGGAAAUUCCACUCAAUAAAGUAUUUCUGGCACAGAAAUACAUGAUUCGAAAGGCAAACUUGGCGGGUAAGCCGGUCGUGACUGCUACGCAAAUGCUCGAGUCGAUGAUCAACAAUCCUCGUCCCACACGUGCCGAGUGUUCCGAUGUGGCCAAUGCGGUAUACGAUGGAACCGAUGCCGUCAUGUUGAGUGGCGAAACGGCCAAUGGAGAUUACUUUGAACAAGCCGUCAAGAUUAUGGCAAGAACCUGCUCCGAAGCCGAAAACUCGAGAAACUACAAUGCCAUGUACCAGUCCGUGCGAAACUCGGUAAUAGACGAAGUGGGAGGACUCAGUCCGGGAGAAUCCUUGGCAUCCAGUGCCGUCAAAACGGCCAUUGAUACCCAUGCCGCAUUUAUUGUCGUAUUGAGCGAGUCCGGGACCACGGCGCGGUAUGUGGCCAAGUACCAGCCGGGACGAUUGGUCAUUUGCUUGACUCUGUCACCCACGGUGGCACGUCAAACCAAUGGAUUUUUAAAGUGCGUUCGCUCCUUUGUCGUCGACUCGUUGGAUGACAGUUGGGCCUUGUCCAAAAAGGUUGGUUCCGAAGCCGUCAAGGGUGGUUUGGCGGUCGAGGGUCAAUUGAUGGUCGUCUUGGCCGGCAAACAGUCUGGAAAGGGUGCCACCGAUGCCUGUCGCGUCGAAGGCAUUGUCCGUGAUUACGAUGAACAACCGCCGACGUUCAAGGUGGGCGAAGUGGCCCCGAAACGGGCUGUUGGACACUUGAAUGCCGGCUUUCAUCUUCCCAAGAAUCGUCGAUACACGGUGAUGCAAGGACAAGCCGAAGUCAAAGACAGCAGGAAGAGUCUCAUGCAUUUGAGUCUGGAUGAAGAUAUCGAGGAUGAAGGAGUCGAGUAA